AUGAAGCACCCAGAAAGGAAUAAUCACUCUGGCUCUGUGAGUGAAUUUGUCCUCCUGGGCUUCCCAGGUUCCUGGAAAAUCCAGAUCUUCCUUUUCUCCUUGUUCUCUGUGACAUACAUCCUGACACUGAUUGGGAACAUGUCUAUCAUCUGUGCUGUAAAUUUGGACCAACGGCUCCACAUCCCAAUGUACGUCCUAUUGGCCAACUUUUCAUUCCUUGAGAUCUGGUAUGUCACAUCCACAGUCCCGAACAUGUUGGUCAACUUUCUCUCUGAGAAUAAAAUCAUCUCCUUUGCUGGCUGCUUCCUCCAGUUCUAUUUCUUCUUUUCAAUGGGCACUACAGAAACCUUUUUCUUGUCAGCCAUGGCCUACGAUCGGUCCCUUGCUAUCUGUAGACCCUUGCACUAUCCUACCAUCAUGACUCUACAAAAAUGCUUGAGAAUGGUUGUCUGUUGCUGGGUAUGUGGCUUUUCUUGUUAUCUCCUCCCAGUGUACCUCAUCUCUCAGCUGUCUUUUUGUGAUCGCAAUACAAUUGAUCACUUUAUUUGUGACCCGGGACCCCUCAUUGGGCUGUCCUGUAUUCCGGCACCUGCCACUGAAAUCACGUGUGCUGCCUUUAACUCAGUCCUCAUCUUUUCUACCUUCCUCUUCAUUACUAUUUCAUAUACACUGGUACUUAAAACCGUGCUGAAAGUCCCCUCAGCAGAAGGUCGGCAUAAAGCAUUUUCCACAUGUGGCUCCCAUUUGGCAGUGGUGUCAUUGUUCUAUGGCUCCAUCAUGGUAAUGUAUGUGAGUCCAACAUCUGGAAAUCCAGCUGGGAUCCAGAAGAUUGUAACCCUCUUCUACUCUGUACUGACUCCUCUCUUCAACCCAUUGAUCUAUAGUCUCCGGAACAAAGAAAUAAAGAAAGCUCUGAAGAAAAUCCUUAGGAGCAUGAAAUUUGGCCAACAUAUGUGA